UCAAGACCUUACUCAAGACCUUACUCAAGAUUUUACUCAAGACCUUACUCAAAACCUUACUCAAGACCUUACUCAAGAUCUUAUUCAAGAUCUUACUCAAGAUCUUACUCAAGACCUUACUCAAGACCUUACUCAAGAUCUUACUCAAGAUCUUACUCAAGAUUUUACUUAA